CAGCCAAGCUCGGCUACAACCCAGCUUCUUGCGCUUGGCUUCGAGUCUUAUCAUAUCAGAGCGUGGCGGGCGGCUUCUGCUUUUGUUUCUACUUUCGAGAUGACACUGUCUCAGCAGCAGCGGUACCCCGAUGCUUCAUGUGUAUGGGGCUUGGUGAUGCUCUUGGUGAAUACGUACGUGAUGGUCGUCACGAAUUCCCACCAGUCGAAAAAACUACUCGAAACAACGUUGACGGUGACACUUCCAAAAAUCACCAACGUCUUCUCCUUCUUCAAAAAGGAAAACCGGAACACCGCCGACAAGGUCAUCCAGAUCACAGGCAAACAGGUGCAGACGUGGAUGCGAAAAAGGUGCAAGCCUGACCUUUUUGGGAGAAUUGCGGAAAAGCGAAGGAGACUGG